UCCUCGUGUGUGUUGUGUAUCUCUUUCGAGAACAAGAACGAGGUUGAAAUCGAGAAUUCUAGAGUUGAUAAGUGUCAAAAAUUUUUGUAGUUUAAAAUUAUUAUUAAAAUAAGACUUAUAUUAUUUAUUUAGUUCAAUAAAACAAUAAUGCCGUGUUGGUAUUACGACAAAAAGGAAUUAAGACACACACCAUCAAUUCAAGAUUCGAUAGACUAUGAAACAGAAUGUAGAUACAGGAAAGAAGGUGCUAGAUUUAUUAUUGACACUGGAUCAAAAAUGGAUUUAGGUUAUAAUACAAUGGCAACUGGUGUUGUUUAUUUUCAUCGCUUUUACAUGUUUCAUUCAUUCAAACAAUUUCCUCGCUAUGUAACAGCAUGUUGCUGUUUAUUUCUAGCGGGUAAAGUUGAGGAAACACCAAAAAAAUGUAAAGAUAUUAUUAAAACAGCAAAAACUUUGCUAACUGAUCAAAAGUUCGCUACAUUUGGUGAAGAUCCAAAGGAAGAAGUUAUGACACUUGAAAGAAUUUUAUUACAAACAAUAAAAUUUGAUUUACAAGUUGAACAUCCUUACAGUUAUUUAUUAAAAUACGCAAAGUGCUUAAAAGGUGAUAAAAGUAAAUUACAAAAAAUGGUACAAAUGGCAUGGACAUUUGUCAAUGAUAGUUUAUGCACAACAUUAUCAUUACAAUGGGAGCCAGAAAUAAUAGCAGUCGCAUUGAUGUAUUUGGCUGGUAAAUUGAGCAAAUUCGAAGUUCUCGACUGGAAUGGAAGACAACCCAAACAUUUAAGGUGGUGGGAUAUGUUUGUUGAAGAUGUCACUAUGGAUUUACUAGAAGAUAUUUGUCACCAAGUAUUAGAUUUAUAUUCACAAGCUAAUAAUGCUAAACCACCAGACUCACCACCAAUGACGCCAUCUAAUCCUGCAGCGACUGAAGUAAUGUCAACAACUGCAUUAAUUGAAUCAGCUUCUAAUACACCUAAUACAGGAACGCCGAUAAAAAUUCAAAAAAUUGAGACAACGCCAAUACCAUCAAAUGGUUGUUCCGCGUUGGAACCACCAGUACUGCAGACCGAAAAUGUUGUUAAGCCAAUAGAAAUACCACCACCGCAUUAUGCUGCGUAUCCACCGAACUUUGCACCUACGCCUGCGCCUUACUCAACUGUCUUUCCACCAGCAAAUAUAUCCGUACCUCCACCUUCAGUGAAUCCAAUGAAUCACAUGGUGCCAUCGAUGCGACUAGCACCGCCAAUUCGUCCAGCUCAGCCCCCACCAGCACCCGCUCCCCCAUUCCAAUCCUACGGCUACCCUACGAAUGCCACUUACUUUCCGCCAGGUAAUCCAGUACCCCCUCCUGGAAAUCCUCCACGUGCAUAUUAUCCACCUCCUUCAUAAAUUUAUUCAUUGUUUUGUACUAUUUUUAAGAAUUCAUUCAUUAAAUAAUGAACUGUUUAUUGUGAUUGAUAAUUAUUUUAAACUUAUUCAAUAAAUGUUUUCAUCAUAA